AUGUCUGACCAGCCUACUAUUCGCCUUGCGACUCCUGAGGAUGUCCCCAUCAUCCACCAGUUCAUCUGCGAGCUGGCAGAUUAUGAAAAAGCCCUGCACGAAGUAGAGGCCACCCACGAGUCCCUCCUUGAAACCUUGUCCUUCCCCGACAGCCCGCCCAAGCGUGGCUCUGUGUACACCGCGCUUAUUACCCCUCCUGCGACGGCGGAGAACCCCACACCCAAGCCUGUCGGCAUGGCGCUCUUCUUCUACAACUACUCUACGUGGCGCGCAGCUCCGGGUAUUUACCUUGAGGAUCUGUAUGUUCAGCCUAGUGCUCGGGGUAAUGGUUACGGCUUCAAGUUGCUCAAGUACCUUGCCGCCAAGGUACUGGAGAUCAAGGGAAGACGUCUCGAGUGGAGUGUGCUGAAGUGGAAUGAGCCCAGCAUCAAGUUCUAUGAGCAGGUUGGGGCUAAAGCCAUGGAUGAGUGGACCAAGAUGAUGAUGGAGGGUCCGGCGUUGAACAAGUUGGCGGAGGGAUUGUGA